GCUAUCGAUAUUUCGCCAGCUCUACCACAUCAGCUAUAAUAAGAAGAGAGAAUAACAGAAAAACAAGCAGCCAACUUGGAUUAGGGGGAAAAAAGCGAUAUUGACAAUUUUGCAAAAGCUAACUAUUAGAGAUGUCUGCGGCUGGAGUUGAUGACGAGCAACGGGCUGCCGAAGCUGCAGCACAGUCGCCAUCAACAACGGAAACAACCGCAGCAGCAGCAGUAGCAGCAACAACACCAACAACGGCAACUCCAGUAGCGGCAAUAACAACAACAACAAGUACACCAACAGCACCAGUGGCAACAACAACACCAACAACACCAGCAGUGGCCGAAAUUGCCGCAUCCAGCAUACGCUCCGGGUUGGCUGAAUUGGAAUUGCGUUCGUCGCAGGUGCUGCAACGUCUGGAGAAUGUCAAAGCACUGCCCGGUUCACCCAAUAAAGUGCACCUCGAGACAACAACCGAAGAUGAAGAUGCGGCAGCCACAGCUGCAACAACAACAACAACAUCAGCUGCCGACGACACUUUGGCGGCCGCGGAUGUUGUGCUGUACACACAGCUGCGUCAGGAGCAUCGCGUGCCUUCGGAUAUACUCAAAUCGUUAGAGCAACUCGUUGCCUAUUCGGACAGCGACGAUGAUCCCGAGUUUCCGCUGCCCGCUCUCGAUGAUGUCUCCCAUUUGGCGCUAAUCUCGCACAGCAUCGUGGCGUAUCUGUCGCAUCUGGAUCGCCAGCAUCUGUUGCGUGUGACCAAUAGCAUUGCAGGCGAUGCCACACGCUGGCUGGGCACACUGUUCCAUUUCCCCAAUGCCGCGAGCAGUUUCCAUGCCGACAAUGCCGAUGCCGUCCUGCGCACUGUGCGCCUGGCCAUCGUUGCCCGCUGUCCCGGGUAUCUGGAGGGUGGCAUACCCGCUCUGGCGCAACCAUGUUUCUACAUUUCGGAGAACACGACGCCGGUGCGACUGCAAUACGCCUGCCGGCAGCUGGGCAUACCGCUGGAGGCCAUCAAAAUCAUACCGGAGGACAGCAAAUGCGGCACUAUGGAUCUUGUGCUGCUGCAGAAGCAGGUGCAACAUGAUUUGGCCGCCAGUCGCACGCCGUUGCUUGUCGUCGCCGACAUUGGCGCCUCGCUCUGUGGCUAUGUGGAUAAUCUGCAGCGUUUACGGGACGUUUGCAAGGCGCACAACAUGUGGCUGCAUGCCAGCGGCCAUGGUUUGGCGGCUCUCGUCUGUGCCCAGACGCCGGGCAAUGUGCACGAUGUGCUGCACUCGAUGGCACUGAAUUUGGGCAGCUGGCUGGGCGUGCCCAGUUUGCCAAUUGUGCUGUUGCAUCGUACGUUGCAGAACAGUGCUUUGAGUGCCUUUGAAUCGGAUCCAAUCCUUUCAAGGCGUCUCAAUGCCUUGUCGCUGUGGACGAGUCUGCAGGCGCUGGGCAAAAAGUCGAUUGCGGAGCGGUUGCAUGUGGCAUUCCAAACGUGCAGCAUUCUCUUUGAGAUCGCUUCGAAAUGCGAAGGAAUUCGUGUGCUGAGCCACACUCCGGGCGCUGCAUUGUCGGACAUUAUUGGAAGCGGCGUGUUUGAUGUGAACGCCUUGUUUGAUGCCGCCGCUCCAGUUGUUGUCUAUCAGUUUGAUGGCAGCACAACCAUUCCAAUUACCAGCGGCGCAAGUAGCCUGGAAAACACCACUGUGGACGCGGGCCACAAGCCGCUGGAGAAGCUCAACAAUGCCUCAUACUUUGAUCGUCUCAAUUCGUGGCUGGGACAAAUACUGCAGCGGGAUUGUCCCAAUUUUGACUUUGAGGUGAUUGAGCAUCCAACACAUGGCAGUUGCAUACGCUAUUGUCCGCUCGAAUUGGGCUUGGGCGAGCAGCCGCCCAGCUCGGAGAAUCUGGAGAGCUUUGCCCAGAGCUUGGAGGCGCAUGUCGAUAUCUUGCGUGCCACCAUCAAGCACAAGGCACGCUUCAUGCAUCUCGUUGAUCGCAGCGAAGUGUUGCGUCUGGUGCCGCUGCCCGAAUGGGCGGGCAUGGGCGGUGUACGCUUUGUGCCCGAGGGCUGGGAAUCGUUGUUAACCGAUCAGGCCAAAACCGAGCUGAAUAAGCUCAACAUUGAUCUGGUCGAGGCGCUCAAGUCAACGGAUAAUGCAUUUUCGCUGGGCGAGGGCACCGAUGGCCUGAUCUGUGUGCGCUUUGGCAUGGUGACGCACGAAACUGAAGUGGAGGAGCUGCUCGAUUUGGUUGUCACUGUCGGUAAGAGUGUGCAGGAGAAUUCACGUGUGCUGGACACCAUGUCCGAGAUUGUCAAGAAGGGCAUUGAGGCGGCCACCGCAGACUUGCAGCGCGAGUCGGAGGAGAAGCUGUGGCAGGAGGGCAUUUUGCGGCAUGUGCCGGUGGUGGGACGUGUCUUCAACUGGUGGUCACCGCCCGCCAAGGAGUCGGGCAUCAAAGGGCGCAGCCUCAAUCUCACCCAAGGCAUUGUCGAGAGCACCGAGAACAUUUACAAGUACCACAUGCAAAUGUCGGGCGAGACGGCGCAUCAACUGCCAGCGAAUCGUUCGCCUCCGACGCCCAUGAUACAGACGCCAGUGGUGUCAUCGUCCACGCCGCCCGUCUUUCCCACUGUGGAGCCAGUUGUCGGUGCUGGUGACUCUGCCGAAGCAGCAGCCAGCACCACAGCAACUGAAGUGGCCACAGCAGCAACAGCCGCGGUUGCAGCCGUAGCAGCUGGUGCUGGUGGUGCGACAACAACAGGAGCAGCAACAACGACGACGACAGCAACAUCAAUGACUGGCAACCAUGUGGAUCAUGCGCGCACCGUCAGCCAAAGCAGCGGUGGCUCCUCUUCGGUGCCGGAGCUGGUGGCCAUGAAUAGUGCAAUCAACAAUAAUGCUUAAAAAUGGCAGCGCAAGGACAACGACAAACAAAUCCUUCUCCUCUUCCUACUCCUUCUCACUGACCACUUCCCAAAAAUGAAUGCAAACAACAAAAAAAAAAACACUUAAAUAAGUCUUAAUUAA